AUGGGAUCGAUAUGGGACAUGGGACGCUUACGCCACUCAUCGCUGAAUCGCGACUAUACCGAGCUUCAGACGCAGAACGUUCGGGAAUCUGUGCCCUACAGGCUUACCCCUUCACCGGAACGAAACGACCUGUCGAGCGCCAUCAAACAAGUGAACUCAAUGUAUGGAAGGUCGGAAGGGAAAAUAAAAGAGAAUACACCUUACACGAAUAAUCAGAAGAAAAAAUCGUCAGGAUCCCAGCGCUGCUCCGUCAUUGACCUCGACCAUCCGUGGGCUCAUCUCGUCAGGCCACGCCGUCUUUGUUUCGAACGAUUUACGGACGACAAUGUGGAUAGCACUCUCUCGUUGGACAUCUACAAACACGUACCCGCAGAUGGCUAUUUCAACGAGAAUUUCUCCCACACACUUUUUCCACAAUUGUCCGUCACCAGUAGCAUUCCUGAGAGAUUGCCAUUCAUAGAACUGCAAACGUUCGACGAUGCGGUGAACUUUCGACGACAUUCUGCUGAAAUAAUAGAUAAUCUAAUCUUGGGUAAAGACGAAACGAAGAGAGAGCCUUCAAGGGAGAAAACGGCAGAUGGCACGAUGCCAUCGCUUCUCGUCCCACCUACUGUAGACGAACGACGUCCGGUGCUCUACCAGGUCGUGUUCGCUUGCGAGGACAAACAGAUGCUCAUACUGGAAGCGAAGGAUUUUUUCGUGAUUCUUCCGGAUCGACUAGACUUGCAUUGUAUUGUUCUUGACGAACAUUCAGUCAAUGUUCAAACCCAGAAACGUAGCUUUGACCGUCGAUUGGUUUCAGUGAAGGAUUUUGUGUGGGUUUGGAGUGUUGAGGGAACUGUGGAUAACAACCACAGCCACCUGGAAACCAAGAGCGCUCGCCUAGCUGACCUACGUGAAACUUUAGAAAAAUCCAGACAACCUCGACUCAGCGCUUAUGGGAAGAAAGCAAAAUUCUUUUUUCGAGCGGCUCGUUUCGCGUUUGUCACCCCAGCGGUAAGAUACGAAAACAUUUACGGAGUGGUGAUGUCGCUACAGAAGAAGUGGAAACCUGAAUUAAAUUCGUGGGAGAACACAGGCUUUAAGGCAGCUUUCGAAGGAGCUCCUGAAGCCAUCAAGUUGAACCAAUCCAUUUGCGAUUUUGCAAUGAACAAUAUAUAUGCCGACGAUAUUCUUCAAGCUGAAUCGAGAAGAAACGUGUCGUGUGCGGUGCGCUUUUCUGAGCCGGCUGCUUCUGCAGCAGCUCAACGCCGGUUGUGCAAACUAAUCAAGCAUUUUGUGCCCUUACAUCCUGAUGAGGGUAUUCUACCAAUUAUGGUCAGAAAACUAUCAGGAGAGGAUCACGAAUGGAUCAAAGACAAGCUUGGGAAUUUUAGCAGCUACAAUUUGGAUCCAGAAUUGGCCAGGAGGAAAAUGUCGAAGAUGUUCAAUAUGGCGUGCUCAGCGCUUGAAGCAUAUAGGUCUCUUAACGAUGACAGACGGGUACAUCGUGUAAGCGCACAGAUUCCAGACAUCACCGCUCCUCUUCUUCGUCUCCACGUCAUUCUAGAAAAAAUGCCUAAAGAGUUUGGUUGGUCUCCGGGCAAGCCUGUCGCCGUUUGGGUUCUAGGGGCAGAGUUCGUCUGCAACGUUCAGGUGGAGAAAGUCUUCAUGGACUGUAAAGAACAACAAAUGCGCGUAACUCUAGCUGCUCGGCGUUGCUCGCAUAAUCAACUUGUUCGCUUCGUCGAGUUGGCAAGUGCUGGGCAAACGGGACCGGAACGUACUGUAAUGGUUUGCGUGAAGCUUGGAAAACUCCCGACCGUAGCCAACCCAUUGUAUGAGACAGUUGUACGAAUGAGACUUUUCGAUCAUCUGGAAUCCUGGACUUUGGGCUACUCAAUAUUGAAUCUUGUGUACGGUAGAAAAGUCGCUCCAAGUAAAGCUUUAGCAUUGUCGAUUAACAAGGACGACAAGCAAACUUUUACUUAUGUUGCAGACGAUAGAUGGAUCACUUUAACCAAAAAACAACAGCACGCCGUUUCACUCGGAUGUGCUGGUUAUCCGAUUGUCGCGAUCAAAGCGGUGUUUGGAAGUGGAAAGACGCUUGUCGCUGCGAUUAUGGCAUCGUUGCUUAAAAAGCAAAAAGUAAUUGUAACCGCAAGCGAAAACGAGGUUGUCGCUCAAUUAGCGGACACUUUCUGUUCCGUUAAGGAGUUAAAAGACGUUACAGUUCUACGCUAUGUCCCUCUUGGAACCACUUGGAAAGAACGUCACUCCACCCCGGUGGAUUUGGAUGAAGUUCUCAAGAGUCUGGGAGAUGAGUUAAGCGCAGAUAUCCAUUCUCCGGCAGACAGAAAGAUUUGCCGAAUGUUUAAGGAACGUCUCUCGGCCAGUUUCAACGCACAAAAGCGAGAAGAAUUCGAAUUGGUUGAGACAAACGUUUCAUCGCUGCUCAGAGGCAUUCUGCGAAUUAUGUUCAACGUACGUUUUCCGGAUAUCAUUUGUAUCAGCACCUCGUCGCUUCUGAACGUUUUUAACGAUGGUGGAAUUUUUGCUGAUCAGAAAUCGGCUUUUUCCGUGUUGAUCUGCGACGAAGCGGCGCAAAUCCCUGAACCGAUGUUUGUUGCGAUCACUGAUCGGCUACCUCAUGUUCGACAAGUGUACAUCGGUGAUCCGCUCCAAUUUGGUCCACAUGCUCGUUGUAGCAGUUCAUUAAUUCCCGCUAAACUUGGGGCUGGAAGCAUUUUAAAUGCUCUACUGAAAGUUCCCCUCAUACCAGUGUCCGUUAUGGAAACAUCGUUCACGGCUCAUCCGAAGCUAAACGAUUUACCACGGUCAUUGAUCGAUCUACAAUGGGCGCUUGUUCGAUGGAACUUAUCGUACAGAUCGACGUUUAGUGCACGAUUGUCUUUCUUUUCCGAAUCCCGAUGUUCCAUUUCUCUUCGUCAACGUUAUCCGGAGCAGUUCCACACUUGCAAACAGUUGAUCGCCAAAGGUCUCCAGCCUUCUGAUAUCGUUAUCGUGAAUUUCUACAAAGAACAAUGUCGCCGUCUAGUGAAAUUUGGUCAGAAAUACGCUGUUCGUGUCACCACGGUGGAAGCGUUUCAAAAUCUUCACAAUGAAAUCGUAAUACUACUCACCACUAAAGCCGAGUUGUUCGUCGGAAGCAGCUCUCAUGUUUUUAGGAAUUCAAGAGUUCGUAAUGAACUUCUCGCAUAUGAGAGAACUACGGUGGAAUUUCUGGAAGAUGAGAAUAGACUAGCCGUAGCGUUGACACGUGCUCGUCAAGGAUUAAUCAUUCUUGGUUGUAAGAGUUUCUUGGAGGAAGGUGAAUACUGGAAGAAAAUAAUCGCAUGGGCGGAGAUGCUUAACUGUAUUGUGUCCAGUUCGGAGCUUUACAAAUUUCUAGGAGGGCCGUCUACACUAAAGGAAGAAAUUUCACCAACACCAUCACCUUUUUAA